UCCCUUCCAAUAUAUACUCCAUUCUGUGCGAAGAACCAUUUUGGUCUCUUAAUCCCUCUAUGGCCAAAGGCACGAGCUCGACUCGGUAGCGGACGUGGCCACCAAUUCAACAUCUUUUCGUCUCAAGGCGGUGGAAGAUGGCAGAGCUGUCCGACAUUCUGGACGAGCUGAAAGCCCUGGCGGUGACGCGAUCCAGGCAGUUGCACGACCUACCAACAAUAGCAGCUGCGGCGGAUAUCGAGCAUGCUCUGUCUACCCUGCCAAGAACGCUGCCAGCCGAUGGCGCAGGACUUAAGGGCACCUGGGACCUCUUGCGCAAGGAGGUCGCUCCCGCAUUAGCACCAGGCCAUGCCGGAAGCCGCUACUUUGGGUUUGUCACGGGAGGUGUGCUUCCCGAGGCGCUCGUAGCGGACUGGCUCGUCAGCCUCUUCGACCAGAAUGUUCAGGUCCACCUGCCAAAGGAGACGCUAUCGACCUACAUCGAACGCCUGUCGAUCAAUAUGGUGCUUGAGCUGCUGGGUCUGCAAAUAGACCGCUGGAGUGGGACUGUGACCACAGGUGCAACCUCGUCGAACGUCCUCGCGUUGGCCUCCGCGCGUGAAGCAGUGCUUCGCAAGUACGGAUUGAAAGUGUCGGAGGAUGGGCUGGCCGGCUCUCCGGGCAUUAAAGUAUUUGUUACCCAGCCUCACGCAAGUGUCCACAAAGCGGCCUCCCUUGUCGGAGUCGGUCGCAAGAACGUCAUUGAUGUGGGGCAUAAGGUUCUGGAAGGAGCACCCAUCGAAGAGCAAGUCAAGGCCCUCGAUUUUGACCUGAACCGCCUCGAUGAAGAGUUAAGAGCAUGUACAGAAAUUCAGCAGGGUGCCAUCGUUAUUGCUGGCCUCGGAGAAGUCAACACGGGUGCUCUCACAGAUCAAAUUCCAUCGCUAAGGCGCUUAUGCAAUCGAUACGGAGCAUGGUUGCACAUCGAUGCGGCAUUCUCUGCCUUUGUCUGCUUGCUGCAAGAAUUUGCUUGGGUAUCGGAGCACCUGUCCCUCGUCGAUAGCAUCACCAGCGAUGCCCACAAGCAGCUAAAUGUGCCGUACGAUGCGGGCCUACUCUUCAUCCGCACUCGCUCAGCUGGUGCUGCAGCCGAUUGCGAGCUGUACGACGUUUGCAGCCCAGGAAAAAGCUGUGCUCCCGCUUACCUCACAGCCCAGGCCACAAAGGGGAUCGACGCGGACGCCAUCCAUGCAGAGCUUGCACAACAGCCGAGCCCAUUGAACAUGAAUAUAGAAAACUCGCGCCGCUUCAGAGCGCUGCCGCUGUAUGCCGGGCUCGUUUGCCAAGGCAGGGCAGGCUACGCUGCACUUGUGGAAGGCAACGUCGACUUUGCGCGACGCGUUGAGGCGUGGAUGCGCAAGGACAGCAAGGGCUUUUACGAGGUGUUGACGCCCAAGACGAGCGUUGCACCGCCAGGGAUCAAGGGCCCUACGCGGUGGACUGGCCGGUGGGGCACGACGAUCGUCCUCUUUCGUGCCCACCCUCAGCUCUGCCCUGUGCCCGCUUUUUGUGAUGCGCAGUCGGGCCAUCUAGCGCUGACGGACGCCAUCAAGGCAACCCGUCAAAUGUAUGUCACACCGACUUCCUUUAUGGGCACCGGUGCGAUCCGUCUCGCGGUGAGCAACUGGUCGACCGAUGAGCAGGACUUUCAUGUAGUUACACGAAUUCUUACGGAAGUCAUGGAGAGCACUUAAAAUACAACUGAUG